AUGGCGCCACAACUCACAGAGGAUGAGAUUGACGAUCUCAUCUAUUUCGCUCGCGCUGGCGAGGAUACCGAUCUCAUGGAGAGCGUGAUCGCGCUGGCCGAGCGUGAAAAGGUAGCUCCAGCCGUCAUUCUCAUGGCAACCAAGGAUAAGGGCAAAUCCACAGUGCUUCACAUGGCUACUGGCAAUGGCCACCUAGAAACCGUUCGCAAAGUCAUUCAGUGCUUUGACGAAAGACCAAAGGAGGAGAAGCAGGCCUUCCUGGACGAGCCCAACGAGCACGGAAACACCGGCAUGCACUGGGCGGCUCUCAGUGGCCACCUGGAUACAGUGAGGCUUCUCAUGGAGCAUGGCGCUUCACCUGCCCUCGCCAACGAGCGCGAUUACGUGCCGCUCGACCUGGCCAACCAGAACGAAAAGACCGAAGUUUCGGAGUAUUUCCUGUCUUUCCUCAAGAAGUUGGAGAGCGAAAACACUGACGAGGGGUUGAACAACGCCGCGGCCUCUAUUGAGGUGGACGAGGCCGCAGAGGAUGGUAAGGCCGAGGCCAGCUCAUAG